AUGGCGGUGGCUGCGAGAGAUGUGGUUUACGCAAAUGGGGACUAUUUCUACGUCCCGUGGUGGCAUACCAAGACCGGCGUCAUUGUGCGAUGGGUGAUUUUCCUAGUCUUCUUCGCGCUCGUCAUGGGCUACCUCAUAGGAGGAUAUUACCACGCCAAGGCGCGCAUUCGAAAGGGUCUCCAGCCACUGGCUUAUCACAGAUGUCUUGUUAGUCGUCGUUCCUACCAACCGACCUACCAGGAGCAGUGGCCGCAGUAUCAAUACAGCCACUACCCGCCCCAGCAAAACGGCCAGCAAAACGUCUACCCCAUGAACGACAUGCCUCUGCCGGCGUAUGAUCCCAACCGUCCGCCCAUGUACUCUGGUCCGCCGGGAGGUUCCAAGGUCGAUCCCUCGCAGAAUAGGGCGUCGACGCAUAGGAUGACGGAGGAUAACCCUGCGCCCGAGUAUGCGCCUCCUACUGGGGCGCCUCCUGCUCGGUAG